AUGCGGGUGCCUUAUGUCCCUGAAGAUGUGCCAGUUCAGAACCAAACAGAAUCCGAUAUCCUGGCUCGUAUCGUUGAGCGCCGAGGGUCUCACGGAUUACUCCCACUUGACCGAGCUCUUCUCCACUCGGUAUUCAUCGCCGACGGAUGGAAUACCUUUCUCGGUUCCAUACGUACAAAAACCAGUCUACAUUCAAUUCUCAGUGAGCUUCUAAUAUGUCGAGUCGCGGUCCUGAACAAGGCAUCCUUUGAAUGGGACCACCACGCUCCAUUACUAGUCGAAGCGGGGUUUCCGUCCGAUGCACUUCAUGUGCUUAAACUGGAUACCUUUGAAAAACUCGAUAGCCCGGACUUGCAGGGAGAGCAGUUGCUAUCAGCAUCACAGCUCGCCGCCCUGGCAUAUGCGGAUCAGAUGACGCUUUCGGUUCAAGUUGGUGACGAUGUUUUUGAGAGGCUUAAGCAGCACUACAAUACACGAGAGAUUGUAGAGAUAACAGCUACAGUCUCGGCAUACAAUUGUGUGAGCAGGUUUCUCGUUGCCUUGGAUGUUGAUGAAAGAGCCGGAAAGACCGAUGCAGGAAAAUAG